AACCUGAGCUCACACACCGACAUCAUCAUGAAGGCUUUCAUUCUUCUGGCCCUGUUCACAGUGGCAUAUGCUGCUCCCAUUGAGGAUGACAAGAUUGUUGGCGGCUACGAGUGCAGAAAGAACUCUGUGCAGUACCAGGUCUCUCUGAACUCUGGCUACCACUUCUGUGGAGCCUCCCUGAUCUCCAGCACCUGGGUGCUGUCUGCUGCUCACUGCUACAAGUCCCGCGUGCAGGUGCGUCUGGGUGAGCACAACAUUGCCGUCAAUGAGGGCACUGAGCAGUUCAUCAACUCUGCCAAGGUCAUCCGUCAUCCCAGCUACAACAGCCGCAACCUGGACAAUGACAUCAUGCUGAUCAAGCUGAGCACCCCAGCCUCCCUGAACAGCUACGUCCGCACCGUGUCCCUGCCUUCCAGCUGUGCCGGCUCUGGCACCCGCUGCCUGAUCUCUGGAUGGGGCAACACCAGCGGCUCUGGAAGCAACUACCCUGAUCGUCUGAGGUGCCUGGAUGCCCCCAUCCUGAGCGACAGCAGCUGCAGGUCCGCCUACCCUGGACAGAUCACCUCCAACAUGUUCUGUGCCGGAUUCCUCGAGGGAGGCAAGGACUCCUGCCAGGGAGACUCUGGAGGCCCCGUGGUGUGCAACGGUCAGCUGCAGGGAGUGGUGUCCUGGGGUUAUGGCUGCGCCGAGAGGAACAAGCCCGGAGUGUACGCCAAGGUCUGCAACUACAACUCCUGGAUUCGCAACACCAUGUCCUCCAACUAAAGUCACUUCACAGUCAUUUAUUGUAAAUCAGAAAGCUGUAUAUCCCUUUAAUAAAUAAACAUAACAACAA